AUGACAUUGCUGCUUCUGCUGCUGCUGAUACUGCGGCUCAUUAGCUGCCCCAGUAGGACACGAGCUGACGAAUAUCAUGUUGUUGCUGCAGGUCCGUGCGUCGAGGAGGGCGACUUCUACUGCAGUCGUCGAGUGCCCAACAGUUUCUGCUCGGUGACCAAAAAUGAGUGCUUCUGCCAACCAGCUUUUGUAGCCAUCCAGGAGGAGUAUGGAAUUACCUGUAAACCUUACAAGGACUGCGUCCACGUGAAGAACAGCAUCUGCCACCCUGGGGCGGGAUUUUGCGCAUGUCCCGGUGGCACUGCCUACGUAGCUCAAGAACAUGCCUGUCUUAAUAAAACAACCAAAUAA